AUGUACGAAAAUGAGAGGGAUGAUGCAUCACAGAUCGGUGGCCUUGCUAUCGCAGUCCCUGGGGAGAUAAUGGGAUACUGGGAGGCUCAUCAAAGGUUCGGUAGACUUCCUUGGAGAGACCUCUUCGGACCUUCCAUUGAACUUGCAGAGAAUGGUUUCACCGUUGGCCCGGACCUUGCAAAGACCAUGGCUAUGAAACAGUUUUCCGACCUUGCUACAAGCGACCCAGGCUUUAGUGAAAUAAUGCUAGACGAGGAUUUAAGCCUUCUGCAGGCGGGCGACACGAUGUACAGACGGAAAUUGGCCGAGACAAUGAGAGUGGUAGCCGAAGAGGGCGCCCAGGCCUUUUAUAAUGGACCUCUAGCUGCUAAAAUUGCAGCCGAGAUUCAAGAAGUCGGUGGAAUCAUUAGUGUGGCUGAUCUUAAUCAGUAUCACGUAGCCGUGAAAGAACCUCUAAGCAUAGACAUCAAUGGUUUGACGGCAUAUGUCUGUCCACCGCCGUGCAGUGGGGCGGUGUUUUCUCUAAUCAUGAACAUACUAGAAGGUUAUGGAUUUACUGCUGAAAGCCGGAGAUCUGUCCAAAACGAAACACUGACCUACCAUCGAAUCAUCGAGGCGUUCAAGUUUGCCUUUGCCAAGAGGAGUGCUUUGGGUGACGAAGACUUUGUAGAUGUCGAAGAUGUGAGAAUCUAA